ACGACCAUCCCACGUUUCGUUGUCGUUACAGCCAAACGCAGGCGGGUUGUGAGAAAAGAUGGUUAAGGCAAGUGUUUCAGGUAAAAUAAAGGGUUUUAACCAGUUAGAAACGGUAAUAACUCAUCCAGUUUACGAGAAGAACUAGUCAGAUAUUUUUUCUGUCAGUUCAGGUUGUACCCGUGAUAUAAUUUGAGAUGAAGCCUCCUCCGCGUAAACGGACUAAACGCACCCCGAGUUUUGAACCAUCACCGGCUCCACGGAAAGUGUCUGGUCAGUGGCAGCUGGCCGAGCGGAGGAAGCUCCUGAAAGCCCUGAAAGACCUCGCCAAGACCAACAGCCUCAACGAAGACAUUGACUGUGAAUUCCUGAGAAAAUAUGUGCCAACCCGGUCCAUCUCAGAGAUCAACACUAUGGUGGAACUUCUGAAGAGCCAGGUGAUCUCCUUCGCAAGCCAAGAACUGAAGAAGAAGACACGGCAGGAGAAGGACAGGAAGCCCAUCGAGGUGUGGACACAAAUGGCCUCUCUGGUGGCUGGAACCAACGAAAACCCCAUUAUUGAUACUUUCUCUCAGAUCCUGAUGGUGUGCUCCACAGAGCCUAAAACCCUGAAGUUCUGCGACCCCCCCAAGGUCAACGGCCCCCCCCCAGUCCAGAACAGGCAUAUAGGACGCACCGCUCCUCUGAAACCAAUUCCCCGUCUGCCACUCAAAGUCCGUCCAAUCAGAGCACUGAAGAAUCCAGCAGCAGCCACGAGCCCGGGUGGAAGACUCGCAGCAGCAUCCCAUCAACUGCUCUCUACUGCAGCUGGAGCCUCACCUGCCACCCCCCCCACCUCUCAGUCUGCGCAGCCCUCAGAGCAACACCCCACCACCACCUCUUCAUCAGAGUCCACCUCAGCCAGUCCUCACACAUCUCCCACCAGCCGAACCCCAGCCCCCAGUCCUGCAUCAUCCUCCGGUGCCUCCUCCCCGCACCCCCUCUCCACCCCCGCUAGGAAAUGUAACACCGUGUUUGGGACCACCAGCAAAUUGGCCUGCAAACAAAUUAACACAAAGGAGAGCGCGGUGGACUUUGAGAGGAUAUAUGGCUACCUGAGUGUCAUCAACACGCCCGGCAAGCCCUGUCAUCUCACCGCAAUGGAGAGUGCUAUAGUGUUGGACCUGUUGAUGUCUCUGCCAGAGGAGCUUCUCCUGCUGGACUGCAACAAACUGAAGAAACAUCUGCUCCAGGUGCACCGAUUCCUCUCAUCCACCCCUGACUCAAAGAUGGCAAGAGACAUGUUGAAAGAGCUGAAGGAGGGACUCUGUGUUCAGACCGAGGGUGGAGACGGUCCCCAGAACAAACGACCAGCAGAACGACGCUGGGUCAGCUGACAGCACUGAUGUCCCGAGCAGUGGAGAAAAGAGACUGCAGCCGGAGGAAGCUGAGAGCCAAUCAUCAGGGAGCAAAAACGCAACCGGCCAAUCAGGGGAGUUGGAUUUAACGGGACUCUGUCCACCCCUCAACCCAUUUAUGGUGCCUCUGAAACUCUUACAGCGCAAAUAGAUAGGAGAUCAAAAUGUGUUUUUUUGAUACUUGUGAUUUAUUGUUUAUUAUUGAAAUGUUGACUACUGUGUUUUAGGCACAGUUCAGCUGCUUUUGUUAAGACAACAAUAAAUACUGACGCACCAACAA